AUGGGCGGGCGAUCACACAAAGGUAAUGAUAUCGCGGCAGUCUUCGUUCAUGCUGGUGCUGGCUACCACAGCACUCAGAACGAAGGAAUCCAUCUACAAGCCUGUAACGACGCGGCCAAAGCGGCAAUGGCGAUCAUGAGGACUGGAGGGAAUGCAGUCGAUGGUGUUGAGAUGGCGAUCAAAGUUCUGGAAGACCGCGAAAUCACUAACGCCGGAUACGGGAGUAACUUGGCUAUCGAUGGCACGGUCGAAUGUGAUGCCUCGAUCGUGGACCAUCAUGGGCGUAGCGGGGGAGUGGGUGCGGUAUCUCAAAUCAAAAACCCUAUAUCUCUGGCCCGCACUGUACUCGAUCACACCACAAAACACCUCACGUUACGGCGCGUGCCACCCAAUCUACUAGUGUCUCAGGGUGCGACAGACUUCGCUUUUGAGCACGGCAUACCUAUCUUGAAUCCGAGCGCUCUAGUCUCUCCAGCCGCACAUGAACGCUGGGUACGGUGGAGGUCUGAUCUCAAAAACGCUGAUAGAAAAGCGAAACAUACACAGUCCUCGUUGGCUCCCUCCAGUACGAGACCAAAGUCUGAGUCCGAACCAGUGCAGAUCAAUCACCCAAGAGGACGAGAACCGACAAGAGACUCACGGCGAGAGGCCACACUCAAGCAUAGUCCUUCUAGAGCAUCAUCCUCAUCAGAUCUUCAACGCAGUGAUGACUUGAACUCCUCCGGCUCUUCACAAUCCACGCCGGAUCUUCCGCGCACGCCUGUUCGAGGCGGCCAUGAUUAUGUCGAUUCCCGGGGAACUCUCGCAACUCCAGCUUCUCCUUCAGCCCAUGAAUCAUCCACCAGUGCCUUCAUCAACAGCACUCAGAAAGUCCCAACGAUGCGUAACUACUCGUCAUAUUCAUCUGCAAAGAGUAGGGUGAGCUCAAAUCAGGCAAACACCGAUAUUUCCGGCAGUACAAUCCCUGGGUCGCGUUGGCAUGAUGGCUCUAGUGGCGAAGACUCCAGCUCGUCCCCAUCAUCAUCAGGCACUCUAGUCCUUCCAUCCAUUACUCCGAGUCCAACUCACGGAAGCCCUGUGAGCCACGAGCGCUCUCAUUUGACCACGUCGACAGAGGAAGAUGAGUCUCCUCUACAACCAUCUCCCACAGAAUCUUUGAAUGCUCCAAUACCAGUAUCAUCUUUGGGCCAGGAAGGCGACGAGCGCGAAGAUCAUAUCACGGAUACAGUCGGAGCUAUUGCCAUUGACAGAUGGGGCAAUAUUGCUUGUGGGUCAUCAUCCGGUGGUAUUGGCAUGAAGUAUCGCGGGCGUGUUGGUCCAGCAGCGCUCGUCGGAAUUGGCUCAGCGGUCAUACCGGUCAAUCCCGACGACCGUAGCAAGACUUGUGUAGCAACUGUAACCAGCGGAACGGGUGAGCACAUGGCGACUACACUGGCUGCGACUAUAUGUGCGCAGCGCCUAUACCACAGCAUAAAGACCAAAGGAGCGGGCUAUGAAUCUGUAGAUGACGAUGACGCGAUACGUUCCAUGAUCGAGCACGACUUUAUGGGUCACCCAAGCGUGCAGAAUAGCAAUUCUGCAGGAGCAAUUGGCGUCCUAGGCGCGAAGAAGACUCGCGACGGUAUAUUCUUCUACUAUGCGCAUAACACCGAUUCAUUCGCUCUCUCUUCGAUGCACUCUGAUGAGUCCAAGCCGGUCUGCGCCAUGUCUAGGAGCACAGGUAGUGGCUCGAUCGCGCAUGGAGGGCGUGCUGUUCGCCCGCGGAAAAAAAGGUAG